ACGAAAACAAAAGUAGCCUGAGUUAAAGAGGUCAUUUGAUUUUACUCUACACUCAAGACUGCUCCUCUCUGCAUGCUGAAACAGAUUGGAGCCAUGGCUUUGGAACACAACCAGUCAACAGAUUACUACUAUGAGGAAAAUGAAGUGAAUGGCACUCAUGACUACAGUCAGUAUGAAGUGAUCUGUAUAAAAGAGGAAGUCAGAAAAUUUGCAAAAGUUUUCCUGCCUGCCUUCUUCACAAUAGCUUUCAUCAUUGGAAUUGCAGGCAAUUCCACAGUAGUGGCAAUUUAUGCCUAUUACAAGAAGCAGAGAACCAAAACAGAUGUGUACAUCCUGAAUUUGGCAGUGGCAGAUUUACUCCUUCUAUUCACUCUGCCUUUUUGGGCAGUUAAUGCAGUUCAUGGAUGGGUUUUAGGGAAAAUCAUGUGCAAAGUCACUUCAGCCUUGUACACAGUCAACUUCGUCUCUGGAAUGCAGUUCCUGGCUUGUAUCAGCAUAGACAGAUACUGGGCAGUAACUAAAGCUCCAAGUCAAUCAGAAGUGGGGAAAUCAUGCUGGCUUAUCUGUUGCUGUGUCUGGAUGGCUGCCAUCUUGCUGAGUAUACCUCAGCUGGUUUUUUAUACAGUAAAUCACAAGGCUAGGUGCAUUCCCAUCUUUCCAUAUCACCUAGGAACAUCAGUGAAAGCAUCAAUUCAAAUGCUGGAAAUCUGCAUCGGAUUUGUAAUACCCUUUCUUAUUAUGGGAGUGUGCUACUUUGUCACAGCAAGGACACUCAUCAGGAUGCCCAAUAUUAAAAAGUCUCGACCCCUCAAAGUUCUGUUCACGGUGGUUAUAGUUUUCAUUGUCACGCAGCUGCCUUAUAACAUUGUCAGGUUCUGCCAAGUCAUAGACAUCAUCUACUCCCUGAUCACCGACUGCGACAUGAGCAAACGCAUGGAUGUUGCCAUCCAAAUCACAGAGAGCAUUGCAUUGUUUCACAGCUGCCUCAACCCAAUCCUGUACGUUUUCAUGGGCGCUUCUUUUAAAAACUACAUCAUGAAAGUUGCUAAGAAAUACGGGUCCUGGAGAAGACAAAGACAAAACGUGGAAGAGAUUCCUUUUGAUUCAGAAGAUCCUACGGAGCCAACCAGUACUUUUAGCAUUUAAAUGUGAAACUGCUCGCUCUUGCUUCGAUACACAUGAAUGAUGAUUCUCCCUCAAAUAAAACAUCUGCUUUAUUCUGAAACUUAAAUCUCAAACACCGUGGCACCAACUUAUAGCAAUCAAGAGGUGAGGGGAGGAUGGGGAGAAUAUAGCAACCAGGAAGAGGAGGAAACGAAAUAAUAAAUGCACAAAACAUGAACUUAAAAUUAAUAUAGGAAAAUAGUAUUAACAGGCAUAAAUAACAAAAGCACUGUGCUAAGCCAUCUGAAACAGAUCAAUAAAAAGUCUUAUAUUAAGGGGCAUUUCUGAUUAAAUGAUCUGAAUUUUAAUGUAAGAAUGAUUUCACUGCAUAAUUUCAGUACUUGUAUAACCAUACAGCAAAAUUUAAUCCUUUUUUCCUGUUUCUUAGUUGGUAAGUGAU